GCCUUCACUCCUUCCUCUGCCAGUCAGCGUGAUGCAGACGAUCGCCAAGCGCUCGGCCGUGACGGCCCGCGCCCACGCCCGCCGCGCCUUCUCGAACGCCGCCGCCGCCGAGGCCGGCAAGGACCGCCUCGCGAUCUUCGACACGACGCUGCGCGACGGCGAGCAGUCGCCCGGCGCCACGCUCAACUUCAAAGAGAAGUUGGACAUCGCGCGCGGCCUGAGCGCGCUGGGCGUGGACGUGUGCGAGGCCGGCUUCCCCAUCUCGUCGCCCGGCGACUUCGACGCCGUGUCGGCCAUCGCCAAGGAGAUCGGCCCGCUCACGGCCAACCGCGCCACGGGCGAGCCCAUGACCAUCUGCGGUCUCGCGCGCGCCAUGGAGAAGGACAUCCAGCGCUGCUACGACGCCGUGAAGCACGCGCCCAAGCACCGCAUCCACACGUUCCUGGCCACGUCCGACAUCCACCUCAAGUACAAGCUCAAGAUCUCGCGCGACGAGUGCAUCCGUCGCGCCGUGGACGCCGUCAAGUUCGCCAAGAGCCUGACGCCGGACAUCGAGUUCUCCACGGAGGACGCCGGACGCAGUGACCCCGACUUCCUGUGCGAGGUGCUCGCCGAGGUCAUCAAGGCCGGCGCCACCACGCUCAACAUCCCCGACACGGUCGGCUACACGGUGCCCGGAGAGUACGGAUCGCUCUUCAGCUACCUGAUCGAGAACACGGAGGGCAGCGACAAGGCCAUCUUCUCCACGCACUGCCACAACGACCUGGGUCUGGCCACGGCCAACACUCUGGCCGCUGUGCAGGGCGGAGCUCGUCAGGUGGAGGUCACGAUCAACGGUAUCGGUGAGCGUGCCGGUAACACGGCCCUGGAGGAGCUGGUGAUGGCGCUCAAGACUCGCCCGCAGCACUUCCCCGUGUACACGAGCGUUGACUCGACGCAAAUUACGCGCUGCAGCCGCAUGGUGAGCCACUACACGGGCAUGUCCAUCCAACCCAACAAGGCCAUUGUCGGCUCCAACGCCUUCGCCCACGAGUCGGGUAUCCACCAGGACGGUGUGCUGAAGCACCAGGCCACGUACGAGAUCAUGCUGCCGGAGUCGGUUGGUCUCAGCGAGAACAAGAUGGUGCUUGGCAAGCACUCUGGCCGCCACGCGUACAGCAAGCGUCUCCAGCAGCUUGGCUACACCAACCUCACCCCGGAGGAGCUCGACUACUACGUCGAGAAGUUCAAAGUGCUGGCUGACGAGAAGAAGACGGUCACGGAUGCUGACAUGGAGGCGAUUGUUUCGGACGAGCUCUUCAAGCCGGAGGUCUUCUGGACGCUACAGUCUGUGCACGUGACUGCUGGUAACCUCGUGAAGCCGACGGCCACGGUCACGCUUGCCCACAAGGACGGCCAGGAGGUGAGCGAGGCUGCCAUGGGCACUGGUCCGAUUGACGCCAUCUACGUUGCCAUCAAGCGCGCCACUGGCAUGGACAGCAUCAAGCUGAACGACUUCUCCGUGGAGAGUGUGACGGAUGGCACGUACGCUCUGGGUGAGGUCACCGUGCGCGUGCAGGAGGAGAAGGAGGAGGAAGAGAAGACGGAGGACGAGAAGCACGUGAACGCCCAGACGGGUGUGACGCGCGACCGCCAGUUCGUUGGCCACGGUGCCAACACUGACAUCCUCGUGGCGUCGGCUACGGCCUACGUGAACGCCGUGAACCGCAUGAUGGCUUCCCAGGCACGUGGUGUGGCUGAGGCUCGGGUGGACGCCUAAGAUUGACAAUACAACAUCCAACUAACAAGGAGCUCGCUCGAAGCAACCGCGGAUGUCAGCAAGGAACUGUCGAGGGCAAGACCAAGAAGGGAAUCAUCUGGAGUGUGGUGGCGAGCGCCGUACGUGUGUAUUAUCUAAUCGGUGGUGAAGGCUUCAUUACACCAGCAGAAUGAACAGCAAAAAUAUAUCGUCCGGGUUCGCGAACGAUGCGACCUGGAGCGAGUGUCUCUACC